UGAAUGGUGACCAUGGCAACAGGGACGCGGAACCCGAGCAACCGGAGGAGGGGAGAGAGGCCCGAGAGGCCCCGAGCUCAGAUUUUCACUAGAACUGAGGGUUCCCUACAUUGAGGAGUCAUCAGAAUGCAAAGAAACAGCCUAUCAGAGCAAUUGGGAAGCAUUGGAGAUCUUCCAGAUACAUUACAUCUAUCAGAAGAUAGGGAUGAAGGAUAUUCACGGAAUGUAUUCCAAAGGAAACUUAUUGGUAAGAAUGAAGAAGAGAGAAAGGCAGUAGCAGCAGCUGAAAUCCAGAAAGUUUGGAGAUCUUAUUUAUCCAGGUGUCAGAAUCUAGGGCUCUUUUCCGAUCGAAUACAACCAAGGCACCUCAAAAUUAGUUCUGGAAUAAAGGCAGCACUUGGUACGAGACUAUCACUGACUUCAGAAAUAGCACGAGUAAGAACCAACAGUCCUUUUAUUGAAAUGGUAGACUAUGAUGAUGCCGCAGAUGAAGUCUUAGAAGUGCAACAAGCGGAAACGGAAGUAGACAACGCAGCGAGAAUAAUACAGAAGGCAUGGAGAAGAUUUAUUGACAAGCUCCUAUUUCGGUAUUACAAGGAAUUGAUUAAUUUUAAAGGGAAAGGAGAGCCUCGAAUCCUAAUGAAAUCUAUCAAUCCCAUCGAGGCUGCGUACCUGGAUGCAGCUGCUGGAGUUCACAUCCGAUUCAGACUGGGAGGAGAAUCAUUUCCCCCAGACAUCUACUACAAGAUAUUUACUCACCGACCCAUUGUGGAUAUUUGUGCAAAUAGCCCUAAAAAUUAUACCAAUCCUGCUGCGAAACAACAAGUACCCAGGCAACUUCAUAACCGUUGGGAAAUCAUGGAAGAUGAUCAGAGCGGAUGGUAUAAACGAGUGGAGAUGAAUGGCUGGAGACGUCUUUCACACAGGAUCAUAUUAAAGUCAGUGUACCUGCAGUCUAAAGAAAAUGCAAUAGAGUUCCACCACUCUAAGCGCCACAGGAGAGAAGAAAUGCAAAAGCAACGAAAAGACAAAAAAAUUAAAUGGAUGCAAAUGAUGUACCAUGGAAAUAUGCUGGAGGCUCAAACAACAGAUCCUUUCAUAGUUGAUCUGGUGCAGAACGCAACAAUUGGAUUAAUGAAUAUGGUAGAAAAGGAGGGUUACGACACUGCCCUGGAGUGGGAGGUGGAUGAGUUGCUGGAAUGGACCAAUGCACUGAAUUUCGAAGAAUAUUUGAAGGGCUGGAAGGACAUUGGAAGAAGCAAUAAGUCUGAAAACUUUAAAGGUUCAAGGUAUGGCCCAAUAAAGAAUGACCCCGAUGUAAUUAUAAAACAAGCAAAUCCCAACUUUAAGAUAUAAAGAGCUGCUGAAAUACAAGAAGAUUUGUUAUGCUUCACACAAUUACUGAAAAACUUAGAAAAAACAAUAUCCAACACGAUAAAGGAUUAUUAGUUCUUAGUUUAUUUUUUACAGCAAAAUUAUCAAUGUACCUUUUUUAAUAGUACUCUGAUAUACUAUAGUAUGUCAUGCAUAAUAUUUAAUGCAUUGACUUGAAAAAGUUCUAUCCUGGAAGAAAUUCAGGGCUAUUUACUUGAUUCUUUAUAUUUAAUCUCCAUGUACAAAUAAUCUUCUUGUGGAUGAUCCCUGUAACAGUUAAAAAGCUUAACUUGAUAGAUAUUUUUGUGGUACAUGUAAAAGAUCUUGUAUGUGAAAAUAGUGGAAUAUAAUAUAUGUCUUAUUAUUCGGAUGUACUUGUGGGGUCGAAGUUUACUAUUUGCGUAAUAAACUCAAAAUACACAAACCAA